AUGGUGCACAUUGACAAGGUCUACAACCUCGCCACCAGCAACCCCCGACACCUGCAACAGCUUGUCAUGGUCUUUUCAAAGGCAGCGGUGAAGCCCUGGAUGCAUUGCUGGAUCGCCAAGUCGACCAAUCCGACAACGAUUGCUCGCUCCGUUGCCUAUGAUGACCUUUGUGGCACCGAUCCAGAGGACUGGCGUCUCGUUGUCAAGCACUACAUCGACCUGGUUGAUCACAACGAUAACUUCGCAGUCGACGUUGCGAAGCAAGUGCGCAAGACGAUGGAGGAGAGCAAGCGUCUCAACUCAAUUGCUUCAGUUGCCCAAGAUGGCGCGAACAAGACGAUUCACAAGUUGCCGGAGUGUGUCGACUUUGUCACCUACCGGGACCCCCUUAUUCCUGACGAGGGCAAAGCAAUGACCCAGCUGUUUACAAUCUAA